AUGAGGCGGGGGAUGGGAACGGCGGACGGGUGGGGGGGGGACAGGCUGGUCGUGCGGGCGUCGAAUCAGACGACGGAGAGGAUCUUGACGAAGGACGACCUGCUGGGGUACAUGCAGUCGGGGUGCAAGCCCAGGAGCAGAUGGAGGAUUGGAACCGAGCACGAGAAACUCGGUUUCAACACGGCAGACAACAGACGGAUAAACUACGAACAGAUCAGCAACGUGCUGAGGUCUCUUGAGCGGAGGUUUGGGUGGCAGCCAAUAAUGGAGGGCGAUAACAUCAUUGGCGUCAAGCUCGAUGGCCAAAGCGUCACGCUGGAGCCUGGCGGGCAGUUUGAGCUGAGCGGGGCGCCGUUGGAGACGCUGCACCAGACAUGUGGAGAAGUGAACAGCCAUUUGUACCAGGUGAAGGCCAUAGCUGAAGAAAUGGGCAUUUCUUUUUUGGGCAUCGGAUUCGACCCCACAUGGGAACAAGAAGAUGUGCCCAUGAUGCCAAAGGGGCGAUACAAGCUGAUGAAGUCGUACAUGCCCACCGUUGGCGGCCUGGGACUCGACAUGAUGUUCAGGUCGUGCACAAUACAGGUUAACCUUGACUUCGAAUCAGAAAAAGACAUGGUUGAGAAGUUCAGGAUCGGGCUGUGCCUGCAGCCGAUUGCAACUGCCCUUUUUGCCAACUCACCUUUCAAGGAGAGAAAACCCAAUGGGUACCUGAGCUGGCGCAGCAAGAUCUGGACAGACACAGACGCAGCCCGCUGCGGCAACCUGCCCUUCGUAUUUGACGAGGGCUUUGGCUUUGAGCGGUAUGUCGAGCAUGCCCUGGAUGUGCCCAUGUACUUUGUGUACCGAAAUGGGACAUACGUGGACUGCCUUGGAAUGUCAUUCCGGGACUUCAUGGAGGGGAAGCUGCCUUCACUGCCAGGUGUAUACCCCACCAUGGACGAUUUCGAGUCGCACCUGUCCACCCUUUUCCCUGAGGUGCGGCUGAAGAAGUUUCUGGAGAUGCGGGGGGCUGACGGUGGGCCCUGGAAGAUGAUCUGUGCACUCCCAGCCCUGUGGGUUGGCCUCCUGUACGACGAGGAGGCCCAACGGCAGGCGGCGGACCUUGUCGCAGACUGGAGCCGGGACGACAGGGACUACCUGCUUGAAGAGGUGGCCAAGACGGGGCUGCGCACGCCCUUCAGGGGGCGCACCGUGCUGGACCUCUCCAGGGACGUCGUGGAGAUCGCCAAGGGCGGCCUGUUGAGGCGAGGCUUCGACGAGGCAUCCUUCCUGGGCGAGCUGGAGAAUGUGCUGGACAGUGGGGUCUGCGCGGCGGACACCCUCCUGCACAAGUACAACACAGUAUGGAACCAGUCCGUGGAUCCGGUCUACGCGGAGUACCAGUAUUGA